AUGACGCUAAACUCGGCUCACUCACCUCUCACACCUUGCACUCUCUCACAUCUCACCUUAGAGUCGCACACACCCCAAUGCCCAAUCCUCGUCAUCCGCCUGCAAAUGCCCAUCAUAGAGACUCGACUUUCUGCCCCCUCCUUCUCUCCAAUUGAGCCAAAUCCUCCUGAAGUAGAGGCCCUGAUGAGGUUCCCCGGCUCACACACACACAUACACAUACACACACACACACACACAUUUGUCUUGAUGGCUUCAUUGUCGCAUAGCGAAAAAAGCAAGCAGAGAAUCACCCGCCAUCUCGCCCAUAAUAUGGUUGACUAG